CAAGUGGGAGACCUUAGGAGGUGGACUUCAAACAAGAUACUGAGUUACUGCCUACCCCUUUGGCGGCCACUCUGAUUAAACACCCCUCCUAAUAUUGCGGGGACGGGACGUGAAGAGCCUAGGGAUUGGGGAAAUCUGGGUGAAUAGUUGAUGAUGGAAAACAAGGUCAAUCUACCGUUCAAGGUUGGUCAAUUGGCCGAAGUUAGGUCUUUCGAAGAGGGGUUUCGCGGUGCGUGGUUCCGAUGCAAGAUUCAGAAGAUCUGCAAGAAAAAGGGGAUACUUGGACAUGCCUUAGAAUAUAUUGACUUCAGCGAGGAGAAAGUAGACUGGACAAAGCUAUAUCAGGUGCCCUCUUAUUAUUCGAGGAUCAGAAAAGGGUAUUGUGGAGAAUUGAUGGUGAGGCCACCUUACCCACCUCUAUAUAAUGAGAAGGAAAUGCCUCAUGUCGCUGAGAUCUCAGAAGUCACAGUAAUUGCUGGUGAUUCUUGGAGGGUGGGUAAUUUUGUGGACUGGUGGAGUAGUGACUGUUAUUGGUCUGGACAUAUAACACAAUUAUUAGGUGAUGACAAGGCCCAGAUCGAACUGACACCCCCACCUUAUGGCGAAGGUUCAUCAUAUGAAGUGCUCUUCAAGGAUUUACGUCCAUCAUUAGACUGGUCUCCUGAACUUGGUUGGACACUACCUACUCAGGAAGGUGACAUUUGUUGUCGUGUUGUGAAACCUGUAAACCAAGUAAUUGAUGAGGGAAUUCGAGUUGAGGAUUUGCAUAAUACCGGUCAAGAAACUGAGGCCAGUCGUAGGUCAGCUAGUUCGUUGUUCUCUUCUCCAACUUCCUCCAACUCAGCCGUUUCCGACAUAGCAAAAGGCAGAACAACUACAGAGAAAAGGACAUGUUUGCCGGGGAAGACAAUCUCUAAGAAACAGAUGCAGAAAACAGAAAGCGCUAGACAGGGAGGUGGUGAUAGCCGCACAAGAAAAACAGGACAGCUAGUGGCUGAUUCUGGGCAGAAAAGGACGUGCUUGCCGGAGAAGAUAAUUUGUAAGAAUCAAAAGAACAAAAAAGAAAGCCCUAGAGAGGGAGCUGGUGAUUGCAGCACAAGUAAAACAGGACAAGUACUGGCUGAUUCUGCGCAGAAAAGGGCUGAACUCGCUCUAGAGGGACAGAAUCUCGAUUAUUGCCAGGGAAUGAGUGGUCGCCACGUUCUACACUCAAAAUGCUCCGACCAUGUUGGUGUGGAAGCAGCAAUCUUAGACUUGGAGGAAUAUUUGAACAAGAUUAAGUGGUUGAGGAAGCUUAUGCAAUACGGAACUUCAUCGGCUGGUGCUCAGAUGCAUCAUUGGGAAUUUGUGGAGCAAGUCAAUGCCAUUGAAAUCCAAAAGUAAAUAUUGUAGGUUGUUUUGUAUUGAAUGUAUUCCUUGGCAAAUAUGUUUCCAUAUAUCAGUGGCUCUACCAACUUCAUUCGUGAUUUUGUUGAGAAAUGGCCGUUUCUACAUUUAGGUGGUAGUUACAUGCUAUUAGAGCUAUAUUUAAAAAUUGAUAAUGCUACUAGAUAUUUGUCAAUCAGUAUGUCAUUUAGAAAUGCACACUGCAUGUUCAUUUUUGAA